AUGGCAAACACGUUCCUCAGUGCUUCAUCCGAUCACUACUGUAGAGUACACGACAAUCAAACAUAUCAGGAAAACUCACGAUUGAAGAACUGUACAAUUCCGUACGAAGUUGAUGAAGGUGAGGUUGAAUGGUCAAAAUGUGAUCGGUACAACGUCACGGACCAAGACUGUUACGAUGACGAGACGGAGUUUGAUCUAGUAUGUGAGAAGGACUGGAUGAAACAGCUGUCAAAAGCAAUUUAUCCGCUUGGCUCAUUAUUCGGCACAGCUGUAAUUGGUCAAUUAUCGGACAAGCUAGUUCCCGAGUCUGUUCGAUGGUUGAUGCAGCAGGGGAGAUACCAAGACGCAGAAAAGAUUCUUCAAAAUGCUGCCAAAAUGAAUAAAGUUACAUUGCCAGAGAAUGUUUUGGAGGAAGAAAAACAAGCUCAAGAGACACGUCGGGAAGAACAAGAAAAAGGACAAAAAAUAAAAAAAUACACAGUGCUGGAUCUGAUGAAAACAAAAAAUCUGAGACGUAAUACGAUUAUAAUCGCCAUCAAUAUCUUCUGCAACCUUAUGGUGUAUCUUGGAUUAUCUGCCAACACUAAUGUAUAUUCAUCCAAUGCCUAUGCAAGCUUCUUCGUUUCUGGUGCGGUAGAAGUGCCAGCAUAUCUUUUGUCGUGGUUUUUACUAGACCGAAUUGGACGGCGAUGGUUGACUUGUAUAUUUAUGUUAGCAGCGGGACUGGCGUUGAUAUUGAUAGUCCCAGUUAGUAAUCAAUCACUUAAUGAGUUGGUUACUAUUUUGGCAUUGUUUGGAAAGUUUUGUAUUUCUGGGUCUUUUGGUGUAAUCUACAUAUUUGCAGCCGAGAUAUUCCCAACUCCUGCCAGAGCUGCUGGUCUUGGAUUUACAGGUAGUUUUGGAACAUUAGGUGGUAUAGCGGCGCCGUUUGUAAUGCUUCUUGCCAACUACGUGUGGGGCCCACUUCCGUUUCUUAUAUUUGGUGUAAGCUCCGUGAUAGCUGGUCUCCUAGUUUUACUCCUACCAGAAACAACGGGCGUGCCACUGCCUGAAACAUUAGAAGAAGGGGAAAUGUUCGGAAAAAAAUCGUAUCCGCCAUCAAGAGAUAUUGGAUUACAAGUGGAUCUUCCGGAAUUGGAUUUAGCUUGUCGUAUCUGA